AUGAAUACCUCUACACUGAACUUCACUACACCUCAAGUAUCGACAAACUCCACACCGGAUUUCACAGUGCUAACCUAUCUGGGAAUAGGUUUCUAUUGCAUCAAUUUCCUGUUUGGUCUUCCUACACAUUCCUAUGUUUUUUGGCUCAUCGUCACAGGAAGAGGAAGUGGAGUUGCAUCAGAGUUCUUCAUCCUCAAUCUCUCUGUUUGUGAAUAUGUUGACUGCCUGAAUAGUUUGUUCUUAGUACUGUCAGUUUGGUUUUCAAGUCUCAUGUCAGCAGCAGCAUUUUCUGAAGGCUUUUCCCUCACUGGUCGUCCUCUGUUUCAGUGUCUGGUGUGUGUUGAGCGCUACCUGGCUGUGGUUUAUCCUGUAACCUUUCUUAAAUACAAACCUCUCAGAUAUAGAGUGAUCUGUUCCACAGCAGCCUGGACAAUUUGUCUUUGCUCUUGUUUGGUCUGUGGAUUUACUAUGGUCAUAGAUAGCAUUGUACAUAUGUGGUUCUUAUCGAUUCAGUUCGUACUGGUCCCCUCCGUUCAGUUGUUUUGCCUUUCAGCCGUUCUCAGAGCUCUGAAACAGUCAGGACCAGGAGAGAGAGGGAGAGAGAAAACAAAGGACAGUCAUGUGAAGAGAAGAGCAUUUCAUCUCAUUCUUAUAUCUACUGUGAGCAUGAUUAUUAUGUAUAUUCCAUAUACUAUCUCAGGAAUCUUGACCAUUGUGACCCAACAGAACAUCUAUUCAUUUUGGUUAAUUGGUUUGAUUUGUUAUGUGCUGGCUGGUUUUGUUCAGCCUGUUCUGUACCUGCAUAGCACUGGAAGACUUUCCUUCAUCUGUUCACCAUAA